CGGGCAGUGGCAGCGGUGGUCAGUUGGCAGAGUCGCGGCGACGUGCAUGUUAACGUGCUUGAUGUGAAGUGAUGACAACAGCUGUCGUAGUGUGAUGUAGCGGUGAUGUGUUUGUGAAUGUGUAUUGCAAUACGUUGAUGCUCGCUAUGAAGACGAGCAGCGCCGGUGAAGACCUCGGCGGAGGGCCUGCACAGGCUAGCGACGGGCGGGACGUGAGCAAAGGCUAACGGAGAACGCUCAUUCACGUGUUUCAGCCUUAUGACAACUAUGUGAAAUGUUCGUACAGGCGAUAUGGAUCAAAAUUUAGAUGGUGUCGUUACUUGCAGGUUCGUCGUCAACCAGCCAAAGCCGUUUGCAAGUCAAGACGAGCUGAGUCAUCGGCGGUCGAAUGAGGCCAGGGGCUGUAAUCAUCGCAGCGUCCUCCUCCUCAACAAAACCAGCGGUAACUCGUAACGAACUUAAACGAAUAUCGUUACGUCUCAAACAGGGAGUUCUUAACCUUGCAACGUCAAUGAAGUACCAUUUGAAGGAUUCGCGCAAAACAAGUAUGACAGUCCCCACCGCUGCGAUUCAAACAAUUACCACCGCUGCUGCAGCUGCGUCAACAGGUGGACCCCCAUCUUCUUCAACGGUUGUGCCGGGGCCUCCGCAAACGUCUAGCGGUGUGGCCGCAGCGGCCGUCGCCGCAGUUGUACCCCUUGUCACAGCUACCGUGCUCGUCCCCAAGCCAAACCAGGCCACGGUUGUUCCCCAAAGCUCUCUGCACGCCCAUCCUGUGCAGACCGUUCAAGCAGUGCAGGUUGUACAGGCUGGCCAGGCAGGUCCUGGAUACUACCAAGUGAGCGGCGGACCUGAUUCGCCUCAAUCCGGCGGAUCUGGCGGCUCCGGGGGAACUCCUGUGAAGGCAUCGGCCUGCCCGUAUUGUUUCAAGUCAUUCUUCGAUCGUUCGACGAUGAAGCGACACAUGAAGCGCCACUUCGCCGAUCGCGAAACAUACGACUGUGUGGCGUGCAGCAAAUCCUUCACUCGAAAAGACAAAUUGCGCGACCAUCUGAAAUCGGCCAGACACAUCCUCACUGUUUUCGGUCCUAACGCUCUGCCCGCGGGCAACGAACGACCGACCGAGGCUGCACACUCACCAUCAUCAGCAUCGUCGCCAGAACAUCCAGGACCUUCAUCUGAUGCACUAUCUUCACUACCACAGACAGAACGAGAAAUUGUGCGCUUUAUGGAGAAGCUUCGCACAAUGGGCAAACUCGAGGGCCUGCCUAUGGACGCAGCUGGCCCGUUGCAGCAGUUGGCGACCACAGGGAGUGUUUUUAAUGGAAAUGUCAUCGGAGCAAAUAAUGGGACAAUGGGUGUCUCCGAUACGGAAGGUGACGAUCAAGAGGACGAGGCCGAGGGAGAUGCCGCCCCGGAAAAUAAUGAUGACAGAGUACCGGAAAGUGUGGAAUCUCCACCGCUGAGUGUAUCUCCAGCAAAUGAGUCGUCAUAAGGAGUCGGGAGUAAAUCCGAAGUAUCUGGAUACGCCUCUUGAUAGGGCUUUGGACCUCUGUACUUUAACAACAGCUACAACAUGGGGAACGAUAUGGGGAAGAUAUAAUGCAGUUGUUCACAUCUGCAGUAUAACAUAAACCCCAUGGAAUUCGGUCGUAGAGAAAGGAAGAAGCACAAACAGAAAAAAAAAAAAAGCAAAAACUAUUUUUGUUGCUGACGAUUAUUCAUCAAUAGAGCACCAGCGAACGACAACGACAAACGAAGUCAUGUAUAUAGAUUGUUCAUUCCGUUUCUAGAAGGAGAGAGAUAUAUUAUAUGGAUAAUGAUAUAGAUCUCGCGCUGAGAGACUGCACAACACUGCCUCGUAUUGCCGGUGUCAUUAUUGUACACACACCAAUUACAUCGUUUAUCAAUGAGAUAGAAGGGCUCAGCUCUGCCCUGUGACUCAUAGCGAUGUAGAGUUUACACUUGGGCUUUAAGAUUUCGAAAAUCAAGGUAAUUCAUUUGAGCGGCGCUCGCAAAUUUGGAUUAUGAACGAAGAUUAUACUUUUCGAAGAAGUGUGAAAUAGAAACAUUGAAUUGAAGUAAUACACUGAAGGCAGCUUACGAAUCCAUGACAUCGACAACGAUCCAUAGAAUAAAGACUACAUAGAAAAAAGCCUGCCACAGAAUUAGAGAAAUUAAUCUAACACCGAUUUUUGUGCGGGCCCGCGUUCGUACAUCGUUUGUAAAUGUCAUCUUUGUAGAAUUUUGAUUUCAGUUGAUCGUAGCCCAGCCGAGUCAAACAUGCAGACGCGUACGCUGUACGUUCUGACCGCCAUCAAACAAGCAAAAAGUUACCUCUAUCUAUAAAGUCUAUCUUUUCUACUUUGCUCCUAUUGCUACUACAUCUAAUCUUGCUAUCCUUGCGCUUUAUCCUUGAUGGUCUCAGGCCGACACAACUGAACUUCUUGCUACCUCAAUGAAGCGCCGCAUCCUUGACGAGUGAAUCGUACAAUCAAAGUGUUAUGCUCUCCUUUUCUUCAUGAAGGUACUGACGGCCGCAUAACGUCAGAACUGCUUGAAAGUGAAAGUGUCUAGCACGAAUAAACUCGGAACGGAACUCGGACCCUAUUCCCCUAACAUGUAUUUAUCGCUCUCACUGUUUUCUUCUGAUUCCUUUCGAAAACAGCGGCACGUUAUAUUUAACUGGACUAAGGCCACAGGACGGCCCUUUUUGCCUUCGACGGCUCCAAUGUCUAUUGCUCAAUACGAAGAACGAUAUACAAAGAUAGAAACUGAUCAACCUGAUAGCAAUAACCUAACUAGCUUCAGUUUUUCGCGAAAGAAUUGCUCUUGCCCUUAUAAAGUACGCAUUCUGUAUGAGCUUGCUCCAGUUGCCGGGUAAGCACUCUGAUCUCAUCUACAACACAAGCUGUCCGACUAUAAGUUACUACCAUUUGUAGUAACUUGCAAAGGAUAGAUAUCAUCUACGCGGAGACUUUGGUACAUGUAUUCCUCUAUCUAUUUGCAGUUCCAUUUUCUGCACUGCCCCCCCCCCUCCCCAGUGGCUGUAGCAGGCCUGAAGGUUAUGGCGGUGCACGAAAGGAGCUUUGUGCCAAACUUUUACCUUUCUUACGAACCAUAGCAACUACGACGAAGAAUGAACGAAGAAAAAUGAAAUAAAAUGUACUCUAUAAAUAACCUUACUGAUAAUAAUAUUAAUAAUGAUGAUACAUAUAUGACGAUGAUCUCAUUUUACAGAUAGUGUUCUACACCACACGAAUAUUUCUUCCUGUUAUAUGCAGCAGUGAUAGAUAGGGGCACUGCCAAGCCAAUAGUUGGCAAACUGCAUGAUGCCGCACAUAGAAGUGGAACCUGCCAGUAUACAGAUAUCUAUAUCAACAUGGUUUCAACAGCGCAACAAAAAAAAAAACAACACAUAAAAAUACACGUUUAAACAUGAAAAUGAUAAAAACAAGAAAGUGAAAGGGUGCGCCACACGCAUUGUGUGCCAUAAUAACUAUAAUCAUAUUAACACAAUUAUGGCAACGAAAAACUCAUGAUAUUCAACCCUUCGUGCAUAAAUAUCGAUUGAGCGUCAUCGACUUCUGCUUCGAGCCAACAGGCGAAUGCUGCUUAGAUUGAAUCGAUUGCCGAAAACACAUCGAAUGAGACAGCGAACUCUGGCAACGAUCUGCCGAAAUAUUUCGAAAUUCGAGGUAUCGGGGCGGCCAUGAUGCAUCUGUAAGCACUGAGAGGUGAUCUUCGCGAGUACAACAACGGUAACACUGGCUGCAUAUUGCGGCGUCUACUCAUAUAAUGAAACGUACGUAAGCAUUGAUUGAUUAAGAAUUCUUAAAUUUCGUGUGUCGUUUGUUGUAUUGGCUUGAACUCGAUAUCUAGAUAGUAAGCGAACGAAUACCAUAUCGUGCAGUCCGCGGCGGAUUAUAUAGGCGUAAUCCGCCACGAACCUAUAUAUAUAUAUAUAUAUAUAUACGUGUGUGUGGAGACGAUGUAAGAGCGAUGAACUAUUGUCAGAUCAACGCUUGAAGAAGUGACGAGCUGACUCCUUCGUGCGAAGGAGUUGCACACCUGAUAUCAGAAGGAAUCCAGAACGAAGGAUGUGAAGAGUUGUGAGGAGCUAUUUGUGCUCUUGCUCAAAACAAUGAAUGAUACAAAAUUAUUUUCUACGAUGAUUAUCAACGACGAUUAUAUAUUAUGCAAAUAACGAGAUAAGCUAUUUUCAA